AUCAGCAUCAUAGUUGGCCCCACAAGACUUCCUUUUUAACAUUCCAUAUGUUAUCUUAAAGGGGCCCUAUUAUGGUAUUAUUUACUGUUUAUUAUUUAAUUUGUUGGGUCUAAUAGAAUCGAUUUACAACGUUGAAGUGUCGUCGGCCAUAUUAUUUUUCAUCAUACGUCUAUCAGUAUUACAACCCCUAUGUGAAACGCCCGGUUGCUGAGAAUUUUGAGGGAGUUAGAAUCUUGGCGCUGACAGAAACGUCUCGUCAGACAUUUGUAAGUUAGGCGAUUAUGGCGUCAGUGCUGCCUUACCAAUUUGAACCAGAAUCCGACCCCGAAAGCGAUAAUGGAGCUGAUGGAGCCAAUGAUGAGCGCGAUGUUAGUCGUAGAUUGGACCAAGACGUUUCACUGUGGUGCACUUGUGGGAAUUGUGCCACUAUGCCUAGUGAAGUGGAGAACGUCUGCUGCAGAGAAAUCACAAAGGUAGUAAGACGAAUGAGCCAAGUGCCAAUACCCAUAAUGUGCAUGACAGAACAUCCAGGCCUAGAACCUGUGUGUCUAAAUCCAUACAGUCUGCAAAAUAUCUACAACAUUUACAAAUAUGAUUACGGACCUGUUAGGCACAGAACAGAAGAAGAGCGUUUGAGGCAUCUUGCCUAUCGCAGCUUUGUAAGCUGGUGCUGGGGCUACUUAGGACCUAGUCGUCGGGUCAUCAUCCCGUCAUGUGUGGUGCAGCGGAUACGGCAGCAGUUCCCGUCUGGUGAUUACAUAGGCUUCAGACCACCUAUUGAUUGAAGCGGGAGACGUGACGGGCAACCAGCUCAGCCUUUGGAGUUUUCGGGAAUUCUGCUGAGAGGUCUGGAGGGAUGGGGAUGGUCUUCAAUUCCUCUGCAAAAGAUGUAGGGUCCUCAAAAACUUCCUGCAUGAGCAGCCUCAUGAGUUCACGUACAUAGUCUGGAAGAUAUAGCAUUCAAAUCCAAUAAAUGUAUCCAUAACAAUCUGUAAA